AUGGCAGCCGCUAGCGGGAGCAGGCAAGAGAGGUGGAGCCUCGCCGGCGCGACAGCGCUGGUCACCGGCGGCAGCAAGGGGAUCGGCGACGCGAUCGUCGAAGAGCUGGCCGGGCUCGGCGCGCGGGUGCACACGUGCGCGCGAAACGCGGCAGAGCUUGAGGAGUCUCGCCGCCAGUGGGCGGAGAAGGGCCUCGUCGUCACCGUCUCCGUCUGCGACGUCUCCGUGCUGGCCGACCGGGAGAAGCUCAUGGACAUGGUCAAGGCGACCUUCGCCGGCACGCUUGACAUCCUGGUGAACAACGCCGGCCAGGCGUUCUUGAAGCCGGCGGCGGAGUGCACGGCCGAGGACUACUCGCAUGUGAUGGCGACCAACUUGGAGUCAAGCUUCCAUCUCUGCCAGCUCGCGCACCCUCUCCUAGUCAGAGCUUCCAUCGCCGGAGGAGGAAGCGUCGUCCAUGUCUCCUCCAUCGCAAGCUACCUGGGUUACCCAGGGCUCGUGCUCUACUGCGUCUCCAAAGGAGGACUGAACCAGCUGACGAGGAGCCUUGCUACUGAGUGGGCCCAUGAUAAGAUCCGGCUACCGGCAGCGGUGGUGCAACAAGAGUUGUCACGCAUCCCGAUGCGGCGGACUGGCGAGCCGACGGAGGUGGCGUCCCUGCUGUCGUUCCUCUGCUUGCCGGCGGCGUCCUACGUCACCGGGCAGGUCAUCUGCAUCGAUGGAGGCCGCACCAUUAGCGCCUGA